AUGCAGCGUGUUAAGAUGAGUGCCCGAUCUAAGCCUGAUGAUUACGUGGAUGGACACAACGACUUCAAAGAAGCUACAACCAGCAACCGCCAGGCCUGGGACACUAUCGCCGACUGGUGGGAGCGCAAGCAGAGCGAAACCGGUGAAGAUGGCAACGACAUGUUCACCCAAUGUCUACUACCCCAGGUGCGAGAAUUGACUGGUCAGACUGGUGGCAAAACUGUAGCCGGCAAGACAGUCCUGGAUCUUGGUGCCGGCAGCGGCAUACUAUGUCGGAUGUUUGCCAACCUAGGUGCCACCUUGGUCACGGGCCUUGACUACUCAGAACCUAUGCUCGAUAUAGCACGUGCGAGAGCUCUAAAGGAUGGCCACAAUAUUGUAUAUGAGUUUAUUGACCUUAUGGAUUUCGACAUGAUGAAGCGAUGGGCGGACGCACAUCCCGAUAAAUUCGACAUCAUAGUAAUUAGUACCACGCUCAAGUCACUUCCCGACCUCGGGCCUAUCGCGAAAGCGCUACGGCACUUCUUGAAGGACGACGGAUGUGUCGUGAACGUGGACCUCCAUCCAGCCUUCUCGAAACCAGCCGGACACCGUGGUAUUGAGAUAUUCGAAGACCCUUCGACUGGAAAGCAGCAGAUGCAAUUCUACAUCAAGGUAACGAAGUAUCUCGACAUUUCUCCAUCACAAAGUGAAGCCGUAAGGGGCCAGCCCGUGCCACUCACUGUCUACCAUCGACCGUUCUGGUCUCUAUUGACUCCAUUCUUCGAGAAUGGUAUGGUGUUGGACGCCAUGCGAGAACCAGCUUUCGAGACCCAAGGAGGCGACAAAGAGCACCCUCAGAGCUACCACAACUUCCCACAGACACCUAUGCUACUAGCUUUCCGACUCAAACAUGCGGCCCGGCCUACGCAAUCCAAUGCUUCUUCCUGA